GCAGAAGAGUAUGAUUUAGGGCGGGGCAGAGGGAGGGGAAGAGAGAGGCCAGCCCCCUAGUAGGAAAUGAGACAGGGUAAGAAUAACACUUUAUAAGCCUGCCACCCUCUUUCUCCUCCCAUGCCCUGGCCACCUUCCAGCCGCCUCCGUCCAGCCUCCUCCCCUCCCAGGCAGCCCUCAUUUCUUUCUCGCCUAGGCUGCAGCCAGCGGGAGCCCCCAGCCUGCCAGAGCCAAGAGCCCAGGUUAGGUCAAGAGCCUCAGCUACAGGAUGUUGACAACACUGCUGCCACUACUGCUGAUGCCCGGCUGGGCACUCUGUAGCCAGGAAGCUUCAGAUGGCCCGCGGGACCUCCACAUGAUCCAGGUCUCCUACUUCCGCAACGCCUCUCAAGUGUGGCACCAGGGCAACGCGACGCUAGGCGGGGUCCUGACGCACGUUCUGGAAGGCCCGGGCAACAACGUCUCAAUCCAGCAGCUGCAGCCCCUGCAGGAGCCCGAGAGCUGGGCGCUGACAAAGGACAGCCUGAACCUCUACCUGCAGCAGUUCCUGGGCGUGGUGCAGGUGGUGCACCAGGAGCGGGGCGUGGCCUUUCCUCUGACCAUUCGCUGCUUCCUGGGAUGCGAGCUGCCUCCUGAGGGCUCUAAAGCCCGUGUCUUCUUCGAAGUGGCUGUGAACGGGAGCUCUUUUAUCAGUUUCCAUCCAAAGACAGCCUCAUGGAUGGCAGGGCCUCAGGCACCCUCCAGAGUGGUCAGCUACACCCUGGAGCAGCUCAACAAGUACAAUCGCACUAGGCACGAACUGCUGGAAUUUCUGCAGGACACCUGUGUGCAGUACGUGCAGAAACACUUCAGCACGAACAAGGUGAAAGGAAGCCAAACGGGCCGCUCCUACACUUCGCUGGUCCUGGGCGUCGUGGUGGGCUGUUUCAUCAUCGCUGGAGUGGCUGUAGGCAUCUUCCUGUGCACAGGUGGACCGCGGCGGUGUUAAUUACUCUCCAGCCCUCUCUGGAAAAGGGCUAGACUGACGGGGGCUGACGAGGGAAGAUCUCAGCUCACUACAAAACUGUACAGAUUCUCCAUCUGGGACAUUAUAUUCCAGAAGAUUUAGAGUGGCAGCUCAUUUCUUCUCCAAGAUCUGCCCACCAAGAGUUUGAGGGAGAGGAGGAGAGGAGCCUGGAUGAACAGGGUACUUGAUUUGCUAAGAACCUAAGAACUCACAUGCUUUGCUGAAUGGGUCUAAGAAGUGAAUGUUUAUCUGUAUUUGUGAAAAACAGAUGAUGGAGUUGGGGCAAUGGGGAUGGUCUAUGACCCAUCCAUCGUCCAAAGACAGAAUCACCUGAGGCAUUCAAAACACUUAAUGGAAUAAAACAAGUCAUCCACAACCCAAAUAACCAACAUUCAGUGCUUCCAGGUAUCUUAGACUUGGGAAGGGACACUGGUAUUAUACAAUGGAGGUAGAAAUAACCAGAUAAAUGAUGGAAGUGUGAAAUCCAAGUAAUAUGCGAGCAAGGUGUUAUUAAUUAAUCAAUUAAUAAUAACAUUAAUAAAAUUCCUUACUUAU